AUGACUAAUGUAGGGUUUUACAAUAUUCUAAGCUAUUAUGACAAGGGUAUAGCUUGGCUUGAGACAAUUUUACAUCAAGACGUGUACAAAACUGAAGAACGGAAUACAAAAGGACGUCGAAAAAAAAAUGUAGUAGUACAUAAAUUAGAUAUACCAUCACAAAAUAAUCAGGUUCAACGAUCACAAAAUGAUCAGGUUCAAUCAUCACAAAGUAAUCAGGUUGAGAAUGAGGAGGUAAGGCAGCAAUCUAGUGAUAGCAGUCAGCAUGUAAAGCGUCAAUGUAGACAUACUACUAAUAUUGAAAAAAAGAUACUCGAAGAUAUACUUAAUCAUGAUUCUUUUCCUGAAGAUAUAGCUAUUGAAAUUCUAAGAAAGCUUCAAGAUUAUAAUAGUCAAGAUUGGGAUAUACAACAUAUAUGA